CGAUUUGACAAUACCGCGCCGGCACCUGAUUGGAGGAGACGAUUAGCCGCUACUGAUCAAUUUGGUAUAAAUGGUGCGGGAUCCGUAUUCAGAAAUCAGAUUCAUCCGAAGUUUUAUCCUAUCGGGAGCAUCUUCUACUCUGACCAUGCAGUUCCUAAUCGUCGCUUGCGCUCUUUUGGGCGUGGCUCUUGGCCAGUACAACACAUACGAAGGCUUCCCAGGCUACCAGGGCUACCAGGGAUACCCAGGAUACCAGGGAUACCGGGGAUACCAGGGAUACCAGGGAUACCCAGGAUACCAGGGAUACCAGGGAUACCCAGGAUACCAGGGAUACCGUGGCUACCCCGGAUUCCAGCCCGCCAAGCCUGUUGAGACCAAAGAGAAGGAAAUAGUCCCGGUCAAAUCGGUCUUCCCCGUCAAUCCAGUCGUCACUCCAGUCUACACCAAGGGAGCGUACGAAAGCGGAGUCUACGCCCGUAUUUUGGCCCAAGAACAGGAGGUCUCUCCGGACGGUUCUUACUCCUACAGAUACAGUACUGACAACGGAAUCUCCGCUGCCGAGAGCGGCUCUCCCGCCAACGGUCCCACCGGUCCAGUAGAGGUUGUAAACGGGGAGUACUCUUACGUCGCCCCCGACGGUACUCCCUUCCAAGUCCGAUACGUCGCUGACGGAAACGGCUUCCACCCCCAGGGUGUCCACAUCAGCACUGUAGGUUCAGGAUACGCCCGACAGUACGAGGGUCGCGCCCUUAACGUUGUGGCUAAGCCCGUAGAAGCAGCAAAGAACAAGAAAAUCGUCGCUUGUGCUCUUUUGGGAGUGGCUCUUGGCCAGUACAUCGAGUAUCCAGGAUACGCAGGAUACGCUGGAUACUCCGGCGUGUACCCAGGAUACCGAGGAUACUCGGGAUACCCAGGAUACACGGGAUAUCCAGGAUACCGAGGAUACUCGGGAUACUCAGGAUACUCUGGAUCAUACCCAGGAUACGCAGGAUACGACGGAUACCGUGGCUACCCCGGAUACGCCGGCUACCAGACCUUCAAGCCCAGCGAAUCAAAGGCGAAGGAAGCAUUCAAGACAAUUGCAACGGUAGCCGAGGUUAACCCAGUGUUUCCGGUAGUCGCUCCAGUCGUCCCGAUCGUCCCGAAGGCGUUGGGAAGCGAAUCCUACGCCCGCAUCGUCAACCAGGAUCAGGCCAGCGCUCCGGAUGGUAGUUACAGGUACAGCUACCAGACUGAGAAUGGAAUCACUGCUGCCGAGAGCGGCUCAUCAGUCGUUGGUCGCAACGGUCCAGAAGAGGCUGUGGUCGGAGAGUACGCUUACACCGCCCCCGACGGAACUCCCAUCCAAGUCCGUUACACCGCUGAUGCAAACGGUUUCCAUCCCCAAGGAGUCCACAUCCCGAGCACCGCCAGAUACCAGAAAAGAGCCGCUUCUGCCGCUGAAAAAUGAGAUUUGGCGAAAAGACUGUCAAGGCUGACCGACAAGGCUACGAGCUGCGACCGCCGUCGCACCCUAAAACGAACUAAUAUUAAUUAUGACACAUAAAUUCAUGUUAGAUCUGUUUCAUUUUUUACCGAUAAUCCAGCUAUAUACGAUUAACGCUAUUGUAAUUAACGUCCGAUGAAUAACGGGAUUUGAAUAAAAAACAUAUACCCACGACAA